AUGUGUGACGACGAGGAGACCACCGCCCUGGUGUGUGAUAACGGCUCAGGCCUGGUGAAGGCUGGGUUCGCCGGGGAUGACGCGCCCCGCGCCGUGUUUCCCUCCAUCGUUGGCCGCCCGCGUCACCAGGGCGUCAUGGUCGGUAUGGGGCAGAAGGACUCCUACGUUGGGGACGAAGCGCAAAGCAAACGAGGCAUUCUGACCCUGAAGUAUCCCAUCGAACACGGCAUCAUCACCAACUGGGACGACAUGGAGAAGAUCUGGCACCACUCGUUUUACAACGAGCUGCGGGUGGCCCCGGAGGAGCACCCCACCCUGCUGACAGAAGCCCCACUCAACCCAAAGGCCAACAGAGAGAAAAUGACUCAGAUCAUGUUCGAGACUUUUAAUGUCCCCGCCAUGUACGUGGCCAUCCAGGCCGUGCUGUCCCUGUACGCAUCUGGACGCACCACAGGCAUUGUCCUGGACUCUGGUGACGGUGUGACCCACAACGUGCCCAUCUAUGAAGGAUACGCGCUUCCUCACGCCAUCAUGCGUUUGGACCUGGCCGGUCGUGACCUCACAGAUUACCUCAUGAAGAUCCUCACGGAACGUGGUUAUUCUUUUGUAACAACUGCUGAGAGAGAAAUAGUGCGUGACAUCAAGGAGAAGCUCUGCUACGUGGCUCUGGACUUUGAAAAUGAGAUGGCCACCGCCGCCUCCUCCUCCUCCUUGGAGAAGAGCUACGAGUUGCCCGACGGUCAGGUCAUCACCAUCGGUAACGAGCGCUUCCGGUGCCCGGAGACCCUCUUCCAACCCUCAUUCAUCGGCAUGGAAUCUGCUGGCAUCCACGAGACCACCUACAACAGCAUCAUGAAGUGCGACAUCGACAUCCGCAAAGACCUGUACGCCAACAACGUCCUCUCCGGGGGGACCACCAUGUACCCGGGCAUUGCUGACCGGAUGCAGAAGGAGAUCACCGCUUUGGCCCCCAGCACCAUGAAGAUUAAGAUCAUCGCUCCUCCUGAGAGGAAGUACUCGGUGUGGAUCGGCGGCUCCAUCCUCGCAUCUCUGUCCACCUUCCAGCAGAUGUGGAUCAGCAAGCAGGAGUAUGACGAGGCGGGACCUUCUAUUGUCCACAGGAAGUGCUUCUAAGUCCAAAGCACCCCCCCCCCACACACACACACACACACACUUCAUCUCCCUCAAAAGCAUCACUUCAUGUUUUGUCAAAAGUCUUUGUUUACGCAAGAGAAGUUUGUAUAAGUUUAUAAAUAAACCAAUGCUCAGCUUA